GGGGCCUGGGUGCGGGCCCGGGGCGCAGGAGGGCAGCGCGGAGCCCGCGUGGACCCGCCCAGCCGCGGCGGUGGAGGCUCACCUGCCCGCGGGGGCGCGGCGGGGCGGGGCGCGGGGCCCGGGCGCACCCGCUCCCCGCCUCCCGCCUCCCGCCUCCCGCCCCGGGAGGAAGCGGAGGGGCGCGGUGUAAACAGAGCUGCGGCCGUGAUGUCAGCCGGUCACAUGGAGCCUCUUAUGGCUCCGGAUGGCUCUCGGCGGGCGGGCAGCUGCGGCAGCUGCUGCUGUGGCUCGGGCGGCGGCGGCAGAGGGGGCUCCGGGGUCGGACCAUCCGCUCUCCCUGCGCGCUCUCCGCACCGCGGCUUAAAUGAUGUAUUUUGUGAUCGCAGCGAUGAAAGCUCAAAUUGAAAUUAUUCCAUGCAAGAUCUGUGGAGACAAAUCAUCAGGAAUCCAUUAUGGUGUCAUUACAUGUGAAGGCUGCAAGGGCUUUUUCAGGAGAAGUCAGCAAAGUAACGCCACCUACUCCUGUCCCCGGCAGAAGAACUGUUUGAUUGAUCGAACCAGCAGGAACCGUUGUCAACACUGCCGGUUGCAGAAAUGUCUGGCUGUGGGGAUGUCUCGUGAUGCUGUCAAAUUCGGCCGAAUGUCCAAAAAGCAGAGAGACAGCUUGUAUGCAGAAGUGCAGAAGCACCGGAUGCAGCAGCAGCAGCGAGACCACCAGCAGCAGCCUGGAGAGGCAGAGCCGCUGACACCCACCUACAACAUCUCAGCCAAUGGGCUGACAGAGCUGCACGAUGACCUCAGCACCUACAUGGACGGCCACACCCCCGAGGGCAGCAAGGCCGACUCUGCUGUCAGCAGCUUCUACCUGGACAUCCAGCCCUCCCCAGACCAGUCCGGGCUCGAUAUCAAUGGGAUCAAACCAGAACCCAUUUGUGACUACACACCAGCAUCCGGUUUCUUUCCCUACUGCUCCUUCACCAAUGGCGAGACUUCCCCAACCGUGUCCAUGGCAGAACUAGAACACCUUGCACAGAAUAUAUCUAAGUCACACCUGGAAACCUGCCAAUACUUGAGAGAAGAGCUGCAGCAGAUCACGUGGCAGACCUUCCUGCAGGAAGAAAUUGAGAACUAUCAAAACAAGCAGCGGGAGGUGAUGUGGCAAUUAUGUGCCAUCAAAAUCACAGAAGCUAUACAGUAUGUGGUGGAGUUUGCCAAACGCAUUGAUGGAUUUAUGGAGUUGUGUCAAAAUGAUCAAAUUGUGCUUCUGAAAGCAGGUUCCCUAGAGGUGGUGUUUAUCAGAAUGUGCCGUGCCUUUGACUCUCAGAACAACACCGUGUACUUUGAUGGGAAGUAUGCCAGCCCAGAUGUCUUCAAAUCCUUAGGUUGUGAAGACUUUAUUAGCUUUGUGUUUGAAUUUGGAAAGAGUUUAUGUUCUAUGCACCUGACUGAAGAUGAAAUUGCAUUAUUUUCUGCAUUUGUCCUGAUGUCAGCAGAUCGCUCCUGGCUGCAGGAAAAGGUAAAAAUUGAAAAACUGCAGCAGAAAAUUCAGCUAGCUCUUCAACAUGUCUUACAGAAGAACCACCGAGAAGAUGGAAUACUAACAAAGUUAAUAUGCAAGGUGUCUACGUUAAGAGCCUUAUGCGGACGGCAUACAGAAAAGCUAAUGGCAUUUAAAGCAAUAUACCCAGACAUUGUACGACUUCAUUUUCCUCCAUUAUACAAAGAGUUGUUCACUUCAGAAUUUGAGCCAGCGAUGCAAAUUGACGGGUAAAGGUUAUCACCCAAGUACUUCAAGAAUGUCUGAAGUAUAAAUAUGAAAAAGAAAACGGAAAAAAAAAAACCAACAACAAUAAAAAAAAAAAAGUAACCAAGACACUUUUUAUGGCCCUGCACAGACAGCCCUGGAGCGCCAACACACUGCACAUUUUUUUUUUUUUUUUUGUGAUUGGGGGUCAGGCAAAGGAGGGGAGACAAUGGAAGCAAAUAAAAGUUGAACUUCGUUUUUCUCACGCAUAUGAUUUCCAUUCUGCCUACAGAUAUGGACCCUUUUUUCUGUCUUGACGUCUCGAGCUUUGACCUCUGUUUACAGCAGAAGGAUGAUUUACUAAAGUCGGAGGAUUUUUUUUCCCCCUUCCUUGUAGGUCACUGCCCAGACUUUCUACAGCUCGACCAGUCUGUACGUUCCAACGGAGAGUCCAACAAGAAAAAAAUCGGUGGCUGGUGUGUGUGUGUGUGUAUGGUGGAGGUAGCAGCAUUUACUUCACACGACUUUGCUCUGUUUCAUGAAGGAAGUUUUUUCGUUGUCUCACCGAGUAUUUCCAGUCAGCAGGACGGCCUAGAAAAGAGCGCAAGAGCUCUACCAACAAUAGCAUUAUAAUAUAUUACAGGGUAAAUGGGCAUGAAGACUAUAUAUAGCUUAAAGAAAAAGAGAGAUUGUUUAUAUAUUGUUUUUAAUUAAUAUAAAAUGUAGUUAUGGUGUAGCUUUUCUUGUUGAAUUGAUUAAGGCACUUUCAUUUUGCACCUUUUUUUUUCUUUAAAUUAAAUGCUAGCUGUGUUCACUGUCGUGUUCCAUGUACACCAGAAACACAAGUUGAACUGAGAAGGCUUGGAAGGUAUGUCGGGAGGUAUUUAUGCUGCUGUUUACAAAA